AUGUUAUUGCGCCUCAGACUGAAGAGCAACGCCAACGCAGCAAAUAGCAAUACCCCAGCCCAGCAGGCUAUCAUUGGCAGCGUUGCUAGCAAGUAUGUCCCCUCUGGAGAUAUUGAAUUCAAAAGCAGCCAAAUUUUGGCCCCCAUACUUCAUGGUCAUGCUGCUUUUGACAUUAUAAAAUUUUUAGAGUACUUAAUGAAGUUGACCCGCGCGUACAGUGCAUGCGCGCAGAUCGUGUUGAUGAUUUCGCCGAAGACGCCCAGGGUAACAUCUAUGUCUUCACCAAUAUUCCAUGCCCCAGCUACUGUAAGACUGAGCUCAGACAAAAGUCUCUGUGCGAUUCAUUCCAAUGAUACUGAUGCCGAUAUUCCUGGGACGCUUGGCGGAACAGGGAACCUGCGGGUUGGUCAGUUCAACGCUUUUUGGUAG